AUGCGUCAGACCCCUUCUCCGCUGCUGGGCGAUGGUCGGGGUGUCUUCCGCAUCCAUGUUGUUGGCAAUGCCGGUUCAGGCAAGAGCACGCUGAGCCGGGAACUCGCCAGAAUUCUCAACAUUCCGUACAUUUGUCUGGACGAGCUUUUCUGGAAACCUGGCUUUGAAAUGGAAACGGCCGAGCAAUUUCGGGUCAACGUCGCAAAUGCGCUUGCGAAUUGCCCAAACGGCUGGGUCGUCGAUGGAGACUUUCGCCGUCGGAUUAGCGACAUCGUCGACACUCAAACUACUGACGAGAUUUGGCUUGAUCUUCCACUUGCGCUGUACCUCCCUCGACUCACAAUUCGUACUUUGGCUCGUCUUUUUGGACUCGCCGAGCCAUGUCGGCCUGGCUGCGAAGAGACACUCAGUGUCUUUUUCUCCCGCGAAAACAUGAUUUGGUGGUGCAUCACAAAUCAUGGUGUCGUGCGCCAACGUGAAGCUGCCCGCUACGAAAAGAUGGGCAGAGAAGAAGGCACGGAUGUUGAGAAUCGAAAGAUGCGUCGCAUUGGCGGCUGGGGUGGGCAGCUGAGGGCGUGGUUAGAGGAAGUCCGCGACAUGCGCCGUGGCCAUUGA